CGAUAACUCGCUUCUCGGCCAUUUUUGUUGCGUCAACGUCAAAGUGCGGGCAGGGGCCUCUUCUGUGCUCUCGUAUCAGAGCCAGUCUCCGGGAUUCCUUUGUAUCGCGUGCAGCGAAAGACUGAUAGUCACCGUCGACUUAUCGUUCCGCGUAUAACCGAUAAGAGUUUCAUUACAUUAUAAAAGAUAUAAGGCAGUUACGAGCGCGUAUCGCUGAUCACUCUUCGAGAUCGUAAAGGGAAGAGAGAGGAAGAAAGGAAGAGAGAAAAAAAAGAGAGACAGCGCGUGGCCGCGUUGGGAACUUUUUCGCGUAACUCGACUCGAGAUCGGCGUUGUGUGAGGACGAGCUAAAAGAGCUUCAGCGACCGAGCUACGAAAACUACGCACCGAGGCGGAGUAAUAUGAGUAAUGCAGCCAACCAGAAUGGAUCAGGUCUAGAGCAGCAAUUAGCUGGUCUGGACUUGCAGGGCUCCCGCCAGCCAAGUGGGGGUCGCUACGUACCACCGCAUCUGCGUCAUAAAGCUGGAAGUAACGCACCGUCGGAUUUACAAUACUCUUCCAACUCGAGACCGUUCGGCGAUCGAGAUAGAGGCGGAGAUCGCGAUCGUGAUCGUGAACGAGACAGGGACAGGGACAGGGGCAGAGGUGGUUACAGGGAUUCGCGUAGUCCCCGUGACAUCGAUUUCGCGAAUUUUGGGAGCUUCGGUGGACGCAAUAGACGCAGUCAAGAGAAUGGAAGGGAUUACAGAUAUGCCAAUUCCGAGCGCGAUCGGCCGAUUAGUUCCGGCAACGAUCGCUGGCAAGAACCGAGAAACGAUCGUUGGCAAGAGAACAGAAAUGACAGAAUGGGAGGUGGCGGCGGCGGCGGCGGCGGCCGUUGGGGCGACGAUAGAGGCGGCAGAGGCGGCGGAAGAGGCGAAGUCGACUGGACAAUUCCCACUUGCAGAGAUGAACGAUUGGAGGUGGAGCUUUUCGGCUCUGGAAAUACUGGGAUCAAUUUUAGCAAAUACGAGGAUAUCCCAGUUGAGGCUACAGGAGAGAACAUACCUCCACACAUCACAUCCUUUGAUGAGGUUAAGCUGACGGAGAUAAUAAAGAACAGCAUCGCCUUGGCAGGAUAUGACAAGCCUACGCCAGUGCAGAAGUACGCGAUUCCGAUUAUUAUCGGACGCCGUGACGUAAUGGCCUGCGCCCAAACAGGGUCCGGUAAAACAGCGGCCUUUUUAGUGCCAAUUUUAAAUCAGAUUUACGAGAGUGGACCGCGUCCGCCGCCACCGCAAGCGAACUCCUCCGGCAGACGCAAACAGUACCCGCUGGGUCUGGUACUGGCGCCCACGAGAGAGCUUGCCACGCAAAUUUACGACGAGGCACGCAAAUUCGCGUACAGGUCGCGUAUGCGUCCUGCGGUCGUCUAUGGCGGCUCCAAUAUAGUAGACCAAAUGCGCGAAUUAGAUCGCGGUUGCCACUUGCUCGUUGCAACGCCCGGACGUCUGGUGGACAUGCUGGGACGCGGCAAAAUCGGCUUACACAAUUGCCGAUAUUUAGUUCUCGAUGAGGCAGAUCGUAUGUUGGACAUGGGUUUCGAACCACAAAUAAGACGCAUUGUCCAAGAAGAUAAUAUGCCUCCGACUGGAGAGCGACAGACUCUCAUGUUCUCCGCUACUUUUCCGAAGGAGAUUCAGAUGUUGGCUAGAGAUUUUCUUAGUAACUACAUUUUCUUGGCUGUUGGUCGCGUGGGCUCCACUUCCGAGAAUAUUACGCAGAAGAUUGUGUGGGUAGAAGAGCACGAUAAGCGUUCAUACUUGCUCGAUUUGUUGCAAGCCAGCAACUUUACUGAUCCUACCGCGGAGUCGCUCACUCUAGUGUUCGUGGAAACAAAAAAAGGAGCCGACAUGCUCGAAGAAUAUCUGGCUCAAAUGGGGUAUCCGGUGACUAGCAUUCAUGGUGAUAGAACUCAGCGUGAACGAGAGGAAGCUUUGCGCCGCUUCCGCGCCGGAAAAGCACCAAUUCUUGUAGCAACUGCUGUGGCGGCGCGUGGUCUCGACAUACCACACGUUAAACACGUCAUCAACUUCGACUUACCCGGUGAUGUUGAAGAAUAUGUCCAUCGUAUCGGUCGUACUGGUCGUAUGGGCAAUUUAGGUCUGGCAACGUCAUUCUUCAAUCACAAGAAUCACAAUCUGGUACGUGAUUUGGUGUCCCUGCUCAUCGAAGCUAAUCAAGAACUUCCACCCUGGUUGGACGACAUGUAUACUGAAGCGAGAUAUUCCGGAGGCGGAUCUCGACGUCCUGGUGGCGGUGGCGGCGGUGGCGGCGGCGGCGGCGGCGGCGGCGGCGGCGGUGGCGGUACUAAGGGACGUUUCAGUGGUUUCGGUGCGAGAGAUUAUCGUCAGCAACCUAGUUCCGGUCCCGCUCGUAACAAUAGCUCCUCUAGACCAGGCGGUUACGGAGGUGGUUAUUCAAAUUACGGAGGCAAUUAUAAUAAUUCAUCGUACAAUAAUUCCACUAACAACGGCAGUAGCAAUGGCCCAGACUGGUGGGGAGCGUGGGAUAAGUAGGCGAUUAUUUCCAACUCUAUUUCUAUCAUCAUUAUUAUUAUUAUUACUCUACACCUAAACUAAAUUAUAUGUAAGGGAAACACGACAUUAUACAUCGUACACACACACUACACAUAUGUUUUGCGUGCGUUUACAUGUAUAGCCGGCGUCAGAAGUACUGAGCAUUUUUCGUUUUAUGAAUGAGUUAUACGGUUUUAUUUUCCUGUAAAGUGAGGCUAAUAACUAUAGUUCUAGAAGAUCAAACGUAUUAGAUAGCUUAGAUUAGUACAAUAUUUAUGUACUGAAUCACUCGCCUAAACGGAGGUAUUAUAUUUAAUGCUUCAGUAACUAUUAUUAUUAUCUUCAAUUUACGUCAAAAUAAUUCCGUGCUGGUUCUUCACGGGUUCUUCUCCACGGGUUCUCCACUGGAACGUAAAAAAGUGGUUAUAUAAAGAAAGGAUGGAUGAACACAGGACAAUAUAUAAUAGCGUCCUAUGGUCAACAGAGAUCUGAAAAAAAUCUAGAAAAGAAGAGACAAGAAAAUAAUUUUGAUUAUUUUGACGCCGGCUGUACACUGUAGAACACAGACAGUUUCACACAGUAUAAACACACACCCACGUUCGCUGACUGCCCGUGCACUCCGAUUUUUCGAUGGGAAACAAAAGGAAAGGAACUCACGUUGUUUAAAUUCCAUUUAUAUUACAUUUGUUCACGUGCGACAUUGACAAAUCCUGUGUGCAAUUGAGUAUUCACGCCGGCGGAGAGUCGCCGAGGGGGAAUAUUUCGAACGUAAAUGAUCUCACCAUGAAACAUGCGAGUAUCGUAAAUGGGAUUUGUUCAGACACUAUUGCUACUAAUACUAAUACUACUACUACUAUAGUUAGAAAUCCAUCCAACAUUUCGUUGCCGCGCGUGCUGACGAACACAAGUAGUAUAAUCACUAACGAAUCAAAGUUGAUAAAGAAAAGGAAAAAAGAAAGAAGUUGAUAAAAUAUCGUUAAUGUCCGUUCGAAGGAAAUUAACGAUGUAACACGUAGUAGUGGAGAAAUCUAGUAAAAUUUUUUAGAACUCCUGUCGAAACUAUGGCGCUCAGCUACAAGUAGCUUUAGUCUUUAUAUUAUUAUUUUUUUUUUUCUUUUGUAGAGGUUGCGGUGAGCGUAUCUUCGGUAAUCGUGGCGUCUAGCGAUCGUGAACGUUUCGAUGCACAAACGCUUUAUUGCCUUUGCUGUUACAAUGGCCAGUAAAAAGUUUUGCGUAUAAUUCCGUGUUGAAUGGAUGGUAUAAUUCCUUUGGGUUAUAGACAUACGUGUACGUUCAUUUCAAACGCCUAGGAUACGCCAAACCACCGUUGCCGUAGUUCACAUGACGACAAACUUUAUUUUUUUUGUCUGUAUAAUUUACUAGUACGUAGUUUAGCGACGAAUGGUACUUUGUUGUUUUGCCGUCCCCAGAAACAGACGACGUUGCGCCGGCAAAUAUCACGGCUUCCUGAAAUAAGCCACGUGAAUUUUUCGGGGAUCGAAAAACGGUAUUGAGGGAAAGAAAGAAAGAAAGAGGGAAAAAUGGCAAUACAGGCUACGUCUUAGCAUACCUUUAGAAAUCUUGUAACAUUUCCGUUAUAGUCUUAUAUAUACACACAAACACGUACACACUCUACCAUUUCUAAUUUAAAAAAGUUUCAAGACGAUGUUUGCGCAGUUUACAGCCGGCAGCCGGGUUAUUUUUAUAACUAGCUAGGUACAGUAGAACCUCUAUAUUCGUUGUGAUCACACUCUUAAUUUUCUAAUUCCUAUUACAAUGAAAAUUUGUGUAUUUCUUAUGUAAAGUUCUUAUGUAAAGAUAAGUUUAUUAGAGAAUCACGUGUAAAUUUUGAAUUGUUCUAUUUUCUCGUUUAAGUGUCCAGAAUAAGUUUAAAGUGUUAUGUACUCAAGAGCUUCGCAAUAUCUAAAUCCUAAAUAUUGAUUCCUAACGGAAAUUAAAUUUCACGGCCAAAAAUAUACGAAAUUUCCAUUGAUCGUGUAAGUUCUGAGGUGGAGAUUCUGCUGUACGAGCGAAAAACGGCUAAAAUACGUUAGUGGGAAGCAGGUAUAUAUGUAUAUUUUAUGUACCUGAAUUUUUGAAUAGUUCUGUGGCAGAACUACGUUGAUACCAUAUAGAAUCAUGCUUCGGGUAGCAUUUCUAAACGUAACGAAGACGUUGCCCUGCGAAAUCGGUACGACGCUUUAUAAGAAGGAAAACAAAAAGAAAUGCCUGUCUCAGUCUACAGUACUGAAUGUGCGAAUGCGAGUGCUCAUGAAAGACAAAUUAUACCGAGUUGACGAGUUUGAAAAUAAGGUUGCAGUUACAGAGAGGUUAUCAAAGCAAAGAGCAGAGAAGAGAUGCUUUUGCACGAUAGCGGGCUCAAGUUCAUACGAAAAGGAAAAAAAGGGAAAAGUAAAAAGAAAGCAACAGAAGCCCCUUUGAAAGACAUACGGGGCGCACUCAUAUUAUUUUAUAGCUGUAUUUAUCAGUAUGAUACGCUAUAUAUAAAUACAUAAACACUAAAAUAAUUGUGAAAAACGACUGUGAUAUCGAACGAUCUUGUGACAUUCAAUUUCCACGCGAAUUGAUAAAUGAACAAUUAAUGGAGUAACAAAUGGUUAAAUGUAUUAAUUAAUCGGUAUUGAAUGUCGGGAAGGUACUAGAGCUCAGUUGUUUGAGCCGAGAACAGAAUAUUAAGUCGUUAAACAGUAAACACAUCAAGACAACGUGGCUGUUGUCCGAUCGGGGAGGGCUGAACGCUAGCUCUUGCGGUCCCAUGGGACUUUUCUAGGGCAUUGUUUCUGCUUAAAAUAAAUGCGCAUUAAUGAUGUAGGUGUGAGAGAGAGAGAGAGAGAGAGAGAGAGAGAGAGAGAGCGUGACGCGAGCUCGCGAGUCAUUACUGGUUGAUGACAAAAAAAAAAGAUGAUUACGAUGAUGUUGGUAGGGCUUUAUAAGAUGUCGAUAUCGUUUCGUGCAAACGUCGGAUUCUUAUCUGUAAUCUACGCGAAAUGAAAAAGUACAAAUUCGAUUUGCGUCACAACUAACAGGAUUUUUAGACAUGUCAUACUUAUACCUGUUAUAUUACCUAGAUUUAUAUAGUGCAAUCGCGUGCGUGAAUCGUAUGCCGUGUGACCGUGGACCAAGGUGUGUGAAUGCCUCUUCUUAAGAGGGACGAUAAUUAUUUCAUCUAGAACAUUCAAGGGGUAGUGUGUUUAACGGAUAAAUAUCGUUGGCUUCCGACCAUGAUGCGAGUGUUUGCAAAUUUUCAUACGAUUCGUCAUCGAGGCUAUCUGUCAGCUCUCGGAGGCCCUGCCAAGAACAUUACGGAGAGAAUCUUUCGUGGACAGUGAUACAUCGACUCGACUCGACGUGCCGUGCCGUGCCGUGUCGUGUCACCGUGUUGUGCCGUGCCGUGCCGUGUCCUGUCACUGUGUCAUGUCGUGUUGGAUGAGACCCUACGGCAACCAUCGGUUGGGACUUCCGGUCUGCCAACGAGCACAGGUUUCGCCGUACUGAUGUGUACACACAUGUAUCAUUUCGCAAGAGAAUUUCCAUCGGUUCAGAGACUGGUAUCACAUACGCAAGCUUUUGCAUGACGUCUUUUCUAUUUUUACUUUAUUACUUUAUUUUAUAAAAUGUGACAGGAGAGGAGAUAGGCACCCGGUGGUCGUUGGACUCGGAUGAUUCAUAGCUUCGCUAUUAUAAGUGAUAUCACGAAAAACGAUACAAUGAGUUUUCGAUAAAAACUAGUCUAGAUUCUACAAGAAUGAUUUGCAAUUAUUUGUUAUCGAGCGGAGACAGAUCGAAAAAGAUUAGAGUUUAAUGUGAGCUCAGUUCUGGCAACUUUACGAUCGAAGUCCAACCGCACCACCGAUGCGUAAGCAUUCGUGAUGCGCCGCGCGUUACGCGUUUUAAUCAGUCCUAUGCAUUUCGGAAUAUACGAUACUUUUUGUUUACAUUCAACAUGGUGGACAGAGAGUAUUUGAUGCAGCGUGAUUACACUUGAUGUCAUUUCCGUACUAUCGAGUGUUCCUCGCUCUUUUUCGUUUAUCUUCGAUUUAAGAUCCGUGGUAUCUCGCCGCGCAACUGUUGACUGAUGACGUUAGAAGCAUGAAAAUGAUGCCCAAAAUAUUUGUGUGGUUUUUUCAAAUGAUAAUAUAUUUGUAUGAAAGAACAUACACCUAAGCAUACACUGAGAAUAAAGUACUUGAAAAUUUAUUUACGAGUUAUAAGAUUUCUGUGAAAUAAAGUUUAUUUCCGUGAAUAAACUUUGUAUCCCACACAAAUAAAUUCUCAAGUAUUUUUUUAUCAGUGUAUUCUUUUUCCUCAACAGCCAAUAAAUAAUCGUAAAAUUAACAUGCGACAUGCAACCUUAUCUUUUCGUCGUAUUAAUGAUGUAACGGCAAUUUAUUAGCUGUCAAGUGAAAAUAAUGGUCUCAAGAACAUCUUACAAGUAUGCUCAAACGAUCUGAAGUGUCCUUUCACUCAAAUAUCUUUUUGCUUGGUACGCAAGAACUCUCAGCGUGUGACAUCACGAUUCAAUAUGGCCGGCGAGUACUUAGGAACCUUUUAAAGUGGAAUAUAAUGCAUUGGCGAUCGCAUGCGCUGAUCGGUAGAAUUUUCGCUUCAUUAUUGAGUUAUAAAUAUUUCAGGACGUAAUGUCAUUCAUGGACUUGAGAAUUGUCGAACGUGUGUUCCUGCUGAGAUAGUCGGAUGUCCACCGUGUGAUAACCGACAUAUGUAUAAAUUAAAAAUACGAUAUGAUUUAUAGUGUGUUAGCGUAUUUAGAAGAAAUAGCGAACGAUAUAAUAAAUCAUUACUAUUUAUUGAUCGAUUUAGUAUUUAUUUUCUACGUUACUGUGUUUCGGAAGGAACAAUAUAAAUAUAUUAUGUAUCGUACGUGUACUUUUCGUGUCAUGUUUAGUCCUCUGAAGUAUAUCGGACGAGCAGCCUUGAGGAAACACUUUUACGGAUAUAUUUAAAAAAGAACGGAACGAUCAGACGAAAGAUUAAUUUAAAGAAUACGAUGAAAAGCAACAGAAAAAAGAAGAAGAAAACGAAAAUAAGUAAAACGAAAGAGGAGAUAAUACGAGUAUCAAUCAUGAUGAAUAGGCGUUUAAAAAAGCCGAGAAAAAAAAUAGAAGAAGAACUGUGACUGCAAUCAUUACUGAGGGGAAAACAAAAAUUGCGUGAUUCCGCGAAAAACACAUUACACAUUAUAAGCCGUAUUUAUGUAACGCGAUAUGCUGCGCGUAAUCUAAUAAAACUGCGUCGAUAAGUCGCGGCGAGAGAAAGAGAGCGAAAGAGAGGGAGAGAGAGAGAGAGAGAGAGGGAGAGAGAGAGUGAGCGAGCGAGCGAAAGCGAAAAAGAGAGCGAGAAUUUAUUCGCGUGCGAAUGUUAGGUUUUGUAUUUUUUAUUAAUUUUCAUUCUACGCGCGCGUCUCGGAGAGAUGACGGACAAUCUCCGACGAGAUGGUGUCCUCGUCGAGGAGGAUUCCGCGGCAAGAUCGGGUGCGCGUGCCUGACGGUGCGGUGUUCCUCCUUUUCCCGAGAUUUGAGCCUCCAGAAAGACGACGAAGAGAAACAAAAGAAAUCCCAAAAAGGAAACUCGGGAAGACCGUACGCGGAGACGGCGCGCGCGCGCGUUCUCAAAAGAAUACACACACCAACGCAUACACACAUUAUAUACAUACAUACACCCACAUGAGCAAACGAAUGAGAGUGGUGGGAUGGCAAAAGAAAUGUCUUCUUAACUUGUUCCGAAUAUUUUAAUUUCGCCGAGGACCGUCGUACGUGUAUCAUCGUAGAUAUACGAUGAGAAAGGCAGAGGGAGAGAGGAAGAGAGAGUAUAGAGUUCAGCAGAGCGAAUUCGAAUGUUUGAAUCGCGAACUCUCGCAACAUUUUCCACCUGCGUGUGUAGAAUCGCGAACGAAAAGAUUCUGAUUUUUUUCAGGUGAAUUUGUCAACUCACUGUCUUGUCCUCAAUUUGUUUUUCAAGAGAGAUUUCUCAAAGGUUUCUCCCAUUCGACAAGACGCGAACGAGUUCACAAACUCAUCCCAAAAAUUACAGACAACUUUUCUAUCCACGAAUGCACGUGCACGACAAGCGAGAGAGAGAUUCGUCGCGUGCGAUGUUCCUGGGCAUGUUAUUUUUACUUGUAAUCUCGUAAUGAGACCGUUAUACGUUUACUUCACUCCACAGCGAGCGAAAGUAUCUUUCAAGCGAUAGAGAAAGAAAGAGAGAGAGAAAGGAAGAGGGAGAGAAAGAGAGAGUUUUAACGGAACGGUGAACGUACCAUUCUGUCGGUCUUUUAUUAGUAACUUGCACAGUUACGCGCUAAAGUAGGCGUAACCGAAUAAUGCGAACAAAGAUAUCAACGAAUGUUCCGGGGAACUAUUGUACAUUGUACGGCUGUUGUAUGGAGGAUGUCUGCGAAUUCAUAUGUCGCGAAGUGAUCGUCGGACGGCGUAAGAUGCAAGGGGAGAUGUAACGGAACUUCACUUUAUCAUUUCUUACGUAGGAUCUGAUGGUAUUGAAGGAAAAAUCGCAUUCUUCCCAGUAAACAUGCAUGUCUAAAAGAUGUCGAAAAGAUAUCUAAAAGAUGUUUUAUGCAACAUUUUGUUGCAUAAGACGUCUUUUAGAUAUCUUUUCGACAUAUUUUAGACAUGCAUGUUUACUGGGUUACCUUUUCAAAAUAACGCGGACGUGUUUCGUGAGUUGUUUAAACAAAAACGUGUUAUUUGGGUUCAGUCAUUUCACUCAUUCUGCUGAUAAAAAUAUGAGGAUGAGGUGAUUAAAAAUUGGAUUGCUUGGAAAAACGAAUGUGUACUCUCUGAAUUUCUUGGGAUAAAAUUUUACUUAAAAAUAGAGUGACGCCGAAUGACUUGAAUUUGAGUGAUUUUUCAUUUAUAUGUUGAAGAAAUUCUUUACUCUAAGUCAUCGAGUAAAUAUUAUCACUUGAAACCAAAAAGUGCAUCAUAUUCUUGAAAUAGUUGCGUAUACGUAAGUUUUAUCGCGCACAAUAAUAUAAUCGUAUCAUAAAAUAGCUGCGCAGUGAAACAUACUAAGCAACUAUUGUAAGCAACUAUUUGAAGAAUACGGACUAUGGUAUAUGUACCACAUCGUCACAACGAUAUUCACUCUAAUUGAUGGAAACAUUCGCUCAUAUGGAGUCAGCUCCAAGCUUGAAUGAGAACAUUCAUUCCUGCGAUUUCGAGCGGCAGUAUAUAUUAUCGCUUCGAGUGAAAGUACUACUGUUUUCCACUCGUUUUAAGCGCGAUUCCACUUCAAGAAAUUUAGAGAGUAUUGCAAGAAAAACAUAUAAAUAAAAAGUAUGGUAUAUAGUUAUGAAGUAUGGUUAGGUUAAGUAAUGUAAAUACGAAUUAUAUUAUGAAAUAUAUUACGAAACUUACAAUGAAAAAAUGCCUAUUAUAUUCGGAAGUGCUACUAUAAAAUUUAUAUAAUAUAUGCGCAUACUUUAUGGGGGGUAUGGAUGAAUUCGAUUUUGUUUAAAAAUAUAGUUAUAUGAAGUACAAAUAUUAUCAUUUGUACUUACUGAAUGAUUUUAGUAUUUAAUAUUUAAUAAAAUGCGUUUUGUGUGGUUUUGCGUGUGUGGAGACCUUAUCUUCAUAUUUUUGCGCGGAAUGACUGUUGGAAUUUAUUUGUGUGAAUAUAUGAUUACACUUAAAGAACCCGAAACAAUGAAUGACUCUGGAACCCGAAACAAUGAAUGAUUCUGGAAAAUGAAGAGGAAGAUUUUUCAUUCGCUUGCACUCUACGUAAAGAGUGACGAAGAAGUUUCGUUAUGUUGUCUUGUGUCUCUAUCUUCGUACGAUUGUUUUAAACAGAUGCAUACAGAUCCGCAGACAUCCUGUGUAUAUUGAACAAAUUAGUAAGGAGAGAGAAAGUGUUUCACACAAAUGGAAAUGAACAGGUGACAGCGAGAAAUUGAUCAAACAAGAAAGGAAGUUCAUCAAUGCGUCGUACACUUAUCGUUAUCAUUAGCAAUAAGUUAUUGUGCGCGUCGCGAAGCGCGUGUACACGUACUUCUUGCAUGCGUAGAUCUUAACGUAUGCUCCGUGAAGAAUGAUGUAGAAUGUCAAUAUUGUUACAAAAAAAAAAAAAAUACCUCAUACGGGACGAUGGAUCAGCACGUAUUAAUUCAAUGUUCUUUCAUUCGGUGAAUUUUUCCGUUUAUAGUAUUAUGCGAAGAGAAAGAAGUGACAGGAGACUUCUACAAAAAUGAAUAUAAUAAAGAUUACAAAAGAAUCACACAUAA